CAAUGCCUCCAAUUGCCAUGACAACUCUAUAACAGCUCCUGACAAUGGCUACUCCUCGUGUCUCUGCACGGCUCCCUCUGUACGACCCGUCAAAGUCUAGUCUAGCAUAUGGAGACAGGGCCAUACCCAAGCUAAAUCGAGAGUUGAACAGCAGUGACCUGAGGGUACGUCAACAGGCCCUCCUAUUGCUGUGUGAUGUGCUACACUUGAGGGAGAACCUGGCCACUGCUCUGGGUGAGGGAAUAGCCUCGUCCCUCCAGGCCCUGCUCUCUGAUGGAGAUGGUGUGGUCAGGGAGCGCAGUGCUCAAGCCCUCACCAUUAUAGCCCAACAUUCUCUUGGACGGCAGACGUUCCUUCAAUUAGAUACACUAACCGCUCUCUCCAAACUGUUUUCAGAUGUUGAGUACGAGGUACGCUACAAUGCUCACUGUGCAGUGGAGAUGGCCUCUCGAAUCAAGAAUGGGGCUCAGGGAACAGUGGCUGCAGACCUGAUCCCACUCUGUGUGGAGAAGUUGGUACAAGAAGAUAGUGAACAACUGAAGGAAGUGAUUAUGGACACUCUUCACUGGUGCUUUCAGGUUAACACUGCCCAGGGGAUUAACGUCAAAACUAUCAUCAUAGCGACUGAUCUCCUAGGCCACAGCAAUUGCAACAUUCGUGGUCGAGCUGCUCGUCUCCUAUAUGAUCUCACAGUUCCUCUGGUGGGAAAGGAGGAGGGGUGUGGUUGUGGGUGUGUUCCUAUUCUCGUGGGACUGCUCGAGGAUAAAGAUAUGUUUGUCAGGGCUCAGGCUGCUGCUGCACUCAUGAGUAUAUCGGUGAUCACUAAAGGGAAGUACUGCUUGUUGAAAAGUGGUGCUCUGCCUAAACUGGUGGCCCUACUGACUGACCCGUGCUCUGAGGCACGUCUCAAUAGCAUCAAGGCCCUCACAUUAUUAGCGGAGACUCCAGUUGGCAAGGCACAGCUACAGUCCUCUAGACAACAGUUGGAGGAGAGAGUGGCCUCUGAUGAUAGUGAGAUGGUUGUCAAGGCUGCACAAACUGCUCUCAAAGUCAUCACAUGGACCCCUUAGAAUUGCUGUAUCUAUUCCUGUUUGUCAUUCAAGUAUUUUAUUGAUGUUGAUCUGCAAAAAAGCAGAUAAAAA